UUUUUCUUUGGUCUUUCCCUCCCAAUCCAUUUCUCUACUAUUAGUGCUGAAGUUAUGGAACGUUGUCGCAACACAAUACGUAUACGUUUGGCCAAUAUAAUGAUGGCAUUAACUGUGGUAGGUUGUGGUAUUAUGGUCUAUAGUGGCAAAGAAGCUGCCAAACGUGGUGAAACGGUUACCAAACAAAAUCUCGAAUGGCAUAAGAGAUAUAAUGAACUUCAUGGCGUUAAGGAGAAUAAAGAAUAAUUUAUUUGUAUUCCUCCGAUCCAUGUUGUUUAAAUUGUACUAUAAGAAUAGUUUAAAACUUUAAAGCGAAAUAAAGCUAAAUGUGUUAAUGUUAAAAGUUUAAA